AAGAAAAGACCGCGCCGCGCGAGCCACGAGGGCGGUCACUCGUCAGGGUCACCCCAAUUUCUCCCCAGUCCCCACACCCGGGAGUACGGACACUCUCCUACUCCGCCCGCCCGCGCAGUCCAGCCGGAGGCCAGAUCAAACCCCACCGCCACCCCGCGGUCGAGCUAGCCACGCCGCCCGCCGGGUCCGCGAGGAGGAGGGGAGAUGAAGCCCAAGAGCCUCCCGUUCAUCGCCUUCGAGCACAAGCGGGAUGCAUAUGGCUUUGCUGUGCGGCCCCAACACUUGCAGCGUUACAAGGAGUACGCAGGCAUCUACAAGGAAGAAGAGGAGGAGAGAUCUGAUAGAUGGAAGCAUUUUCUGGAGAGGCAGCCUGAGUCGUCUGGACAGGACGCUGGUGAUAAUGCUAAGAGUGGUGGUUCUGAAUCACUGGCAGAGAAGACAUCAGUAGGGCCACGGAAGAUCGAAAUAUGGACGCCAAUUAGGAAGUCCCUUGGCAACAUCGAGCAGAUGAUGAGCCUGCGCGUGGAGAAGAAGCAAUAUUCUGCUGGAAAGCAGCAAGCAAAUGAUGGAACCCAUCCCGUGAAAGUUGAAGAGGGCAAGUUGUCAGAGGACUCAGAGGACGAGUUCUAUGAUGUAGAUAAGGUUGAUCCUAGCCAAGAAAUGCAUUCGGGGGAUACUGGGAAUGCUGAUGUCGGAAGCAGGAGUCAUGAAGAAACUUGCAUUUCAAAGGAAGAGUUGGAGUGUCUGGUCCAUGGUGGACUACCAAUGGCUUUGAGGGGAGAGCUAUGGCAAGCUUUUGUUGGUACUGGAGCUCGUAGGGUAGAAGGGUAUUAUGAUAGUCUUGCAGCUGAAGGUGAAUCAGAAAGUAACAAAUGUUCAGAUUCUUCAACCUCAGAAGCUAUCCAUGAAAAGUGGAUAGGGCAAAUAGAGAAGGACUUGCCCAGAACUUUUCCAGGUCAUCCUGCUUUAGAUGAGGAUGGAAGAAAUGCUUUGAGACGCAUGCUUAUAGCUUAUGCUAAACACAACCCAUCAGUUGGUUACUGCCAGGCGAUGAACUUUUUUGCUGGUCUCUUGCUUCUAUUGAUGCCGGAGGAGAAUGCAUUUUGGACAUUGGUUGGAAUUAUCGAUGACUAUUUUGAUGGUUACUUUUCUGAAGAAAUGAUUGAGUCACAGGUGGAUCAGCUUGUUUUAGAGGAGUUGGUCCGAGAGAAAUUCCCUAAACUAGCAAAUCACCUGGAUUACCUCGGACUUCAAGUUGCAUGGGUUACUGGGCCGUGGUUCUUAUCCAUCUUCACAAAUGUGCUUCCUUGGGAGAGUGUUCUCCGUGUCUGGGAUGUGCUUUUGUUCGAUGGAAACAGGGUAAUGCUGUUCCGGACAGCUCUUGCGCUACUGGAGUUCUAUGGUCCUGCACUUGUAACUACAAAAGAUGCCGGUGAUGCAGUUACCCUUUUGCAGUCUUUAGCUGGUUCCACUUUCGACAGCAGCCAGCUUGUCUUGACAGCUCGCAUGGGAUACCAAUCCGUAAAUGAAACAAUAUUGCAAGAGCUAAGUAAUAAACACCGCCCAUCUGUUAUAUCUUCAAUGGAAGAAAGAGCGAAAGGUCUAGGUGCUUGGACGGACACCAAUGGUCUUGCAUCAAAGCUGUAUAACUUUAAACGUGACCCUGAACCAUUGGUCUCAUUAAGUGAUUCAGCAGACCAAUUGAGUGAUGUGGGAGAUGGGGAUGCCAAUCAAGAAAGUGAUCCUGGAAACAUGGAUGAUAUGUAUGGUGGCGUGACAGUCAAUUCUGAGAUUGAUUCUUUGCCUGAUCCAAAGGACCAGGUUGCCUGGCUGAAGUUGGAAUUAUGCCGACUGCUAGAGGAGAGAAGAUCAGCUGUUCUCAGAGCUGAUGAACUAGAAACAGCGCUGAUGGAAAUGGUUAAGCAAGACAAUAGGCGCCAAUUAAGUGCAAAGGUUGAGCAGUUGGAACAAGAAAUAUCUGAACUAAGACAGGCCCUGUCAGACAAGCAGGAACAGGAGGAAGCAAUGUUUCAGGUCCUGAUGCGUGUAGAACAAGAACUGAAAAUUGCAGAGGAAGCUCGCAUCUCGGCCGAGCAGGAUGCUGCUGCUCAGAGAUACGCUGCUAAUGUUCUACAGGAAAAGUACGAGGAAGCUAUGGCUUCACUUGCCCAAAUGGAGAACCGAGCAGUAAUGGCAGAAACAAUGUUAGAGGCUACACUGCAGUACCAAUCUAGCCAGCAGAAAGCACUGUCCCCUUGCCCUUCUCCAAGAACAUCAAUGUUAGAUGCAUCCCCUAGUCAGGCAAGCCAGACUUCAUCACAGGAGUUCCAGCCAAGAAGGAAAAACUUGCUCGGUCCAUUUUCACUGAGUUGGCGUGAUAAGAACAAGGAAAAACAGAACAAUGCUGAUGACUCCACAAACACAAAGUUUAGCAACAAUAAUGAUGAAACAGUAGAAUUCUCCAACAAAGAUGAUGAGAAGCAGAGAGAAACACUAGAGCUAGAUUCUGAACAGACAACAGAGUCAACCGCAGAAGAUGGCAAGCUGAGAGCAGAGAUGCCUGAGAAAGACAAUGAGCUGCCAGGGGUCGAAAUAGCCACGAGCAAUUUGAAUGGGCAACAUGAACAGAUGCAAGAAAUAAAAUUGGAUUGAUAAGCACAAUGCUGCACUUUCCGAAAUAUCUAUGCCACCACGUUAUACCGGUACACCAUAUAAACAUGGUGACGGCUGAGGUAUCUCUGAGAGUGGCUUAAAUUUUGAAAUCCUCAUAAUGUAUUGCUGUACUCGUUCAUGCCCACUCUUGGUUCCCCCCUCUCCCCCUGCCCUUUAUGGUUUCUUUAAUUCUCUUAGGUGCCACGUCUAUAGGUCUAUAGGUUGUUUCUUUCCAUUUUUUUUUUAUCAUUUGAUUGAGAAGAGAAAAAGGAGCAGUUUGUAUGGUUGUUCAGUUGCCACCUUCGGAUGCAAAUGCAUCAGAAGAAUUUAUGAAAUGGAUGAGAAUUCUGGGUAACUGUGAUACGCUUCUUCUUGUAAAUUAUCAUAUUUUUUAGAGGGUGUGCUCGAUGUAAGCUAUUA